AGCAUAGUACCAUUCACUAAUCCAAGACAAAACAUGGCUGUGAAUGUGAGAACCAUGUGGUCGUCGAUGCGGGCACAGGUUGCGAUGGUUGUGGCGUUGGUGUUCUUGGUGAGCGGCGCAUGGUGCGGUCCUCCCAAAGUCCCCCCAGGCAAGAACAUCACGGCCACCUAUGGCAAGGACUGGCUGGACGCUAAAGCGACAUGGUAUGGCAAGCCGACGGGUGCCGGUCCCGAUGACAACGGUGGCGGCUGCGGGUACAAGGACGUGAACAAGCCCCCCUUCAAUAGCAUGGGCGCAUGCGGCAACAUCCCCAUCUUCAAGGAUGGUCUGGGUUGUGGGUCCUGCUUCGAGAUCAAGUGCGAUAAGCCUGUGGAGUGCUCCGGCAAGCCCGUGGUGGUGCACAUAACGGACAUGAACUAUGAGCCUAUCGCGGCGUACCACUUCGAUUUAGCAGGCACGGCGUUCGGCGCCAUGGCCAAGAAGGGCGAGGAGGAGAAGCUGCGCAAGGCGGGCAUCAUCGACAUGCAGUUCCGAAGGGUUAAGUGCAAGUACGACUCCAAGGUCACCUUCCACCUUGAAAAGGGGUGCGGCCCCAACUACCUGGCACUGUUGGUCAAGUACGUCGACGGCGACGGUGACAUUGUGGCAGUGGACGUCAAGGAGAAGGGCUCCGACACGUACGAGCCCCUGAAGCACUCCUGGGGCGCCAUCUGGAGGAAGGACAGCGACAAACCGCUUAAGGGACCCCUCACCGUCCGCCUCACUACCGAGGGAGGCACCAAGUCCGUCUACGACGAUGUCAUCCCUGCCAACUGGAAGGCCAACACCGCCUACACCGCCAAAUAAUUAACUUUAGUGCUGACAAUACUUUAAGCUGACCUAUGCUAGCUAUACUAGAUUGGGUUGGAUCCCAAGCAAUGCAUUACACAUGCAUGCAUUGGACCGUGAUAUCUAUUUGCUACCACUACCCUAUUAUGACAGUGAUGCUGGCGCCAACAAUGAUGGUGUCAUCCUCCUUCUCCAUCUUCUUCAUCUCCAUAUAUAGCUAGAGUGAGACUUCGCUGUUGUUUAAAAGAUCAGAGUUAAGAAAUGGAUUGACACGUUAUAUAAUAAGUGCCUAAUGAAAUAUUUGAUAGGCCUUCAUUUUUUAUAAAAGGAUCCAUGAAUGUUGUGUUGUCCAUGUAUCUCCUACGUAAUCCUAACUUUAUCAUGCAUGGCUACAUUUUAAUAGAAUACAUAUUUUUUAUGACUAA